GCCCGCUGCCCCGCUGCCUGCCCUGCUCCAGGCUCUGCCUGCCCUGCUCCAGGCUCCACCUGCGCCGCCGAUUGCCCGGGUAUCGCGGGGGCCCAGGCCAGCUGAGUCCGUUUUCUGCGCCGGGGUGGCGCCCCUCCAUCCGUCGUAACGCCGGUCCGGCAGCAAGGAGUGUUCCCGGGACCUCAGAAACCAGGCUCAGAGCUUGACAUACCUGCAAGGGGAUGGCCUCAUCUGCCCAGACCGGUGGGGUCUCUGCAGGUGCCCAGGCUCUGGUGCAGCCCCCAGCAAUGCAUCGCCAGAGACUGGCCCUGGGUCUGGGGUUCUGCCUGUUGGCGGGCACAAGCCUCAGUGUCCUGUGGGUGUACGCUGAGAACUGGCUGCCAGUCUCCUAUGUCCCCUAUUAUCUCCCCUGCCCAGAGAUCUUUCCCACGAUGAUGGCUCUCUCUUGCCUCUGCCACCAGCAACAUGAAGCUGCACUGCAAGAGGGAGAAGCCACUCCAGCCCGUGGCAUGGUCACAGUACCCCCAGCCCAAGCUGCUGGAGCCCAGGCCCACACAGCUGCUGACACUCACACCCUGGUUAGCGCCCAUCGUCUCCGAGGGGACCUUCAACCCAGAGCUUCUGCAGCACAUCUACCAGCCACUGAACCUGACCAUUGGGGUCACAGUGUUUGCCGUGGGGAAGUACACUGACUUCAUCCAGUCCUUCCUGGAGUCAGCCGAGGAGUUCUUCAUGCGUGGGUACCAGGUACACUACUACAUCUUCACUGACAACCCUGCAGCCGUUCCCGGGGUCCCGCUGGGUCCCCGUCGGCUCCUCAGCACCAUCCCCAUUCAGGGUCACUCCAACUGGGAAGAGACAUCCAUGCGCCGGAUGGAGACCAUCAGCCAGCACAUUGCUAAGAGGGCUCACCGGGAGGUGGACUACCUCUUUUGCCUUGAUGUGGACAUGGUGUUUCGGAACCCGUGGGGCCCUGAGACCUUGGGAGACCUGGUGGCUGCCAUUCACCCAAGCUACUACGCCACACCCCACCAGCAGUUUCCCUACAAGCGCAGGCGUGUUUCCACUGCCUUUGUGGCAGACAGCGAAGGGGACUUCUAUUAUGGUGGGAAAGUCUUUGGGGGGCAGGUGGCCAGGGUAUAUGAGUUUACCAGGGGCUGUCACAUGGCCAUCCUGGCGGACAAGGCCAACGGCAUCAUGGCAGCCUGGCGGGAGGAAAGCCAUCUGAAUCGUCGCUUCAUCUCAAACAAGCCGUCCAAGGUGCUGUCCCCCGAGUACCUCUGGGAUGACAGGAAGCCCCAGCCGCCCAGCCUGAAGCUGAUCCGCUUUUCUACACUGGACAAGGAUAUCAGCUCCUGAGGCGCUGACCAUGGAGCUGGGGGUGCCACUGAUGGGGAUCCAAAGCCCUGCAGCCACCAGUGCUUCACUAGCGUGCAGACCAGCCCUGUCCCACCUCCCUCUGUCAGUCAGGCGAAUUCAACUGGAAAAGGGAUGUGAAAAGGCCACUGCGAACUGCAGAGGGCUGUGCACACAGUAGCAUACAAGAUCUCACAGUCAUGUGGCACAGGAACGGUGAGACGGGGGAGGGGAGGCGCAGUUACAAAGGCAGGGCUCAGCAGGCUUGCCGUGUUCUGCAGCCGUGCCUUUGUGGGGCAGGCUCUGAAGCCUAAGCCCGACUCAGAGUGCCUGAACCCCGCAGCGCCAGCCUCCCGUUUAUUGCAUAUUGCCCUUAACAUAGCAUUUCUAAUACCCUAGUGUGAAGGCACCCGAGACCCCUUUUCUCUGGUCACAGGGGUCCUGUGUCCCUUGAUGUCUCCCAACCACAUGUAGCUAAUUCCUCACUCAGGUCCCCAGAGCGAGCCUUUGAAAUGGAGCAGGUCUAGGCUCCCUCUGGUUUCCUGCACCCCAAAGUGAGCCGCACUCUCAGGGGACUAGUCACCUCCUUCUUAAGAGGGUUUGGGGCAGUUUAUAAUAAAGGUGGUGUGUGCUCGACCCUA